UCUUUCUACGACUCAAGCAACGUUUCUUCUUCUUGUUUCUUCUUAGUUUCCGUCGUCGCCGUCAGUUAAGAACGUAAAACCCCACCAACCACCAUUUCCCUCUUCUCACUCCUUCAUUUUCCGUUCAAUUUUCUCAGAUCUACCUUUCUCUCUCUUCUUCUAUGGCUUCCACUGCUGUUGCCACCUCCUCCGUCCCUGCUGCCGUGAGGACGGAACCGCUGCCGCAGCCGUCUGAUUCUUCUCCUUCCAGAACCUCCGCCGCCGCCGAGGUGUCGCUUUUAUCGUCCUCACCCGCCGCCGAGGUCAUUGAUCGUAGCGAUUCUUCCAAUUCAUCGCCGAACCUAUUUGCUGACGCUGAAAAUCAGACUAUGGACGCGUUGAAGAGUGAAGAGUAUCGGCAGCUGUUUCGUCUUCCACCAGAUGAAGUCCUUAUUGAAGAUUUUAAUUGUGCCCUCCAGGAAAAUAUACUUAUUCAGGGUCAUAUGUACCUUUUUGUCAACUUUAUAUGUUUCUACUCGAACAUAUUUGGGUUUGAGACAAAGAGAAUAAUUGCAUUCCCAGAAGUCACAAGUGUACGUAGGGCAAAGACAGCUGGGCUCUUUCCCAAUGCCAUUGAGAUUCUUGCUGGCAACAGGAAGUACUUUUUCGCAUCUUUCCUAUCCCGUGAUGAAGCUUUUAAGAUUAUUAAUGAUGGAUGGUUACGGCAGGCUAAUGGUACCAGAGCAGUUAUUGAACAGGAGUCUAUGUCCGAGUGCAGCGGCCAAGACAGUGAACUUAUAGCUACUGAAAAUGUCAAGAGUUCUGAUAUAUUAGACAAUGACUCUCCUUCUGCAGACCCGAGCAAGGUUACUACUAAUAUUAUCAACGACAUGGGACCUCCAUCAAAUAUUAUAGAUAGCCCUGUAGUGAUGAAAGUUACAGAUAAACAAUCCAGUACAAAACAGGUAGCUGAACCUGUAUUGAAUGAAGAUUCUCCAGCUGCGAGUUCCUGCUGGAAAGAGGAGGACAUUGAUGCUCCAACAAUCCCAGAAGAAUACACGUGUGUUGCAGAAGCUGAGUUUCCGAUAAAGGUUGAAGACUUCUUUAGGUACUUUUUCUCAGAUGAUGCUGUAAACUUUCAUGAGUCUUUCCAUAAAAGAUGUGGUGAUAAAGACUUCAAGUGUAGUUUGUGGCGUCCUCAAGAGAAAUUUGGGUAUGCUCGUGAACUAUCUUUUCAACAUCCAAUAAAACUUUAUCUUGGAGCAAAAUUUGGUGGCUGCCAUGAGCUUCAGAAAUUUCGAGUGUAUAGGAGCAGUCAUCUGGUUAUAGAGACAUCACAAGAAGUCAGUGAUGUACCUUAUGCAGAUUAUUUUCGUGUUGAGGGACUGUGGGAUAUACAGAGACACAAGGAUGACUCUUGCAUUUUGAGAGUAUAUGUGACUGUAGCAUUUUCUAAGAAAACUAUUUGGAGAGGCAAAAUAUUACAAUCAACCGUUGAAGAAUGUCGAGAAGCUUAUACUACUUGGAUUAGCAUGGCACAUGACUUGUUGAAGCAGAAAAACCUAGAAAAGCAAGAAAGAGGUGCUGUUGUUGCUUCAACUCAAAAUGGAAAAAUCAAUCCCGAUAUAGAGUUGGAGACUGUAGAAACUUCAGGAGCUUCACAGGAGGAAUGUAACUCUACAAGGAUCCAAGCUACAUCUAGUGUAGCAGAUGCUAUUCACAAGGUUGACACCCAGAUGCAAACAAGAUUCAUUGAUACAUCGUCUGUUCCUUCUUUGUUCAAAGAUUAUGUGAGAAAGUUAAGGUUGUCUUUGAAAAGUCAGAACAACCUCUCAUUACUCAUUGUUGCCAUUUUUGCGCUGAUUUUCUUCAUGCAGCAGUUUAGCAUACUUGUGCUAUUGUCAAGACCUCAACACAUACAUGUUAACCCUCCUAUAGACAACAUAAAUAUGAUGGAAAAUGGAGUUACUAGAACUUCUUCAGACAUGGCGUGGUUGGAGAAAAGAAUUCAUCACCUCAAAGAUGAGAUGUACAUGGUUGAGACUAGGCUCGAAAGGAUGCGGUAUGAACAUGCACUCUUAAAAAAGCAACUAAAUGAUCUUGAGCGUAAAUAACUACCUUUUUUUCGUUGUUGAAUCAUAUCUUUCUCUACAUAUCUUUUGGUGUAUAUAUAUGUGUGUGAUGCAUGGAUCUGACAUUCAGUUAAUUUCUAAAAUUCAUUUUAUCUUGUUGUAAAUGAGGAAUAUAAUUUUUACCACAUGUAAAAACUAAGAAAAUUAAGCCACGAGGAUUGGUCUAGUGAUAAAGGGUUUGGGUAGUAUGCACGAGGUUCUAGUUUAAACCUCAUUUGCAUAAUGUAAAACAAAAAAAAAAGGAAAAAGAAAAUUGGUAGACAAUUUUAUUACGAAAAUGAUGUGCAUUGUUAUUGAUCCUUGAAUGUAUAAGUAUAUUCUGUUAUUAUCGUUCA